UUUCAAAUGAGAUGGUUAAAAAAACUGGGGAAAAUAUGGAAAAUCACAGUAUUAAGAAUGAAUUGGUUACUUGUUUCGAAAAAUGCGCUUUCAAGCAAGGACAAUCGUUCCGUGCCCGAGUUACGCAAAUCUACGACCCUUCCAAGUUUUGGAUGGUUGUAAAAUACCGCGAACUUGAAGUGUUUCAAAAGUGUAUCUUCAAGUAUUAUUACAUGAAUCGGAAGAAAUAUCAAAUACCAAAAGACAAACUUGUGAUGGACUUGUACUGUGCUGUUUUUACUGAUGGUGGUUUCUAUCGAGGUGUGAUUACUGGCUUUCCUGCCACUCACCAGAAGGACCAACAGGCCCAAAUUUACUUCAUUGAUUACGGCAUAGUGAAAGUUGUGGAAAUGAAUGACAUUUAUUUUUUGAGUGAUAAAUUUUGUCAAGUGCCUCAUUUUGCCGUGAGGGCAUCGCUUGCAGGUGUAUGUCCUAGAACUAAGUCUCAGUGGACUUGUGACGAUGUUUUUGAAUUUCAUCAGUUGGUUGACAACAAGGUUUUAAUGGGGGUGAUAGUGAAUAUUGACGCUAAUAGACAAGUUCUGGAAGUGCACCUUAGUGAAGACAAACACGGUGUUUCCACAGUUCCAGUUCACAAAUUGUUAAUUUCACAAAAACGGGCCAGGUUUUUCCACGACAAGGAGGAUAUUUCCGAUAAAGGUCUCUUACAACCAAAGCUAAAAUACUCUUAUUUAUUUCCGUCACAUGAAGCUAUCGAAAGUGGAAAAGUCCCUACGAAUAUAAGUGAUGCCGAAUAUCAAAUUCAAUUCGCGUGGGUGUCUUCUGUUGUUGCACGUUAUUAUAAAAUUCGCGAGACCAAUGGUGAUUGUUAACAUGUUCAAAUUUAGCGCCGCAUUUUAUGACAAUUUUCAAUAAAAGUGAGGUUAGGUUAUCUUUGAGAUUUUAAUUGUUUUAUAAAUUAAAAUAAAAACUCAAAAAUGUCUCUACCCUGGAUCACAAUUAACUCGCGGCUCCAGGGUGGCGUCUCCCUAAUCAACUCCUUGAACAGGAACAAAUUUAAUCUCUUACUAAAACAUAUCGUCCAGUCGGAAACCGACGAAAUUUUCACACAAGCGGAACUAGCAAAACUGUCCGAAUCGUUAAAACUGGACGACGCAAACGUCCAACUGUUAAUUCAAAGCAUAGCUCACAUUUUCAAACAGGCCUCAAAAGUGAUUUUAAAACCCACAAUUUUGCAAGACCAGUUGGUGGAAAAGUUGAAAUUUGAGUCGGACAAGGCCGAAGACUUCGUAAAAUUGUGGACUCAAGAAACGAAGCGGAAUUUUGAUGUCGAGAAUUCGAAAAACUUGGAUAAUAUUUCAUGGGAGUUGAAUGUUGAAGCUGCUUCGAGUUUCACAAACAAGGAGCGUUUUGUUCACUCGCGGUUGCAAAUGGCACUUGUUAGCGUCGACGGUGAGGAAAAGGAAAACGUGGUUUUGGAACUGGAUGAAGAUGAGCUUAAACAUUUGUACAACACUUUGGAGAAAAUCCAAAAUAAAUUAGAUUCCAUCUAAAA